AUAAUCACUCUCGCUGGUUAUCUCCUCCGUCGCAUCAGCUGCAUCGCAACCACUGCUGAAGGUGAUUCUUAACUUAAUCUGAGGAAAUCAUGCCUAAGGUGAAGACAAACAGGGUAACUUACCCAGAGGGUUGGGAACUGAUUGAACCAACGCUACGUGAACUACAAGCAAAGAUGAGAGAAGCUGAGAAUGAUCCUGAUGAUGGUAAAAGAAAAUGUGAAGGACUGUGGCCUAUUUUUAAAAUAGCUCAUCAGAAAAGUCGCUAUGUUUUUGACCUUUAUCACAAGAGGAAGGAAAUUUCGAAGGACUUGUAUGAAUUCUGCUUGGAGCAGGGUUAUGCAGAUCGUAAUUUAAUUGCAAAGUGGAAAAAGCCUGGUUAUGAAAGGCUCUGCUGUUUAAGGUGCAUGCAGCCUCGGGAUCAUAACUACCAAACUACAUGUGUGUGCCGAGUCCCCAAGCAUUUGCGGGAGGAGAAGGUUAUCGAGUGUGUACAUUGUGGUUGUACAGGUUGUGCGAGUGGAGACUGAGUAGUUCUCUGGCAAAGCCAAACCAAGUAAGCUGACGUAACAGAGGUUUAAGAUCUCUAUUAAGGGGUGUAGGCUUUACCUGCUCUUAUGAAUUGAUAUGGUAUACUCUUUUCCAGCUAAUGGACCAUCGAAAACUUCCAAAUUUCUAUCUGACCUUGAUGUGUAAUCUGCUAGAACAAUUAUUGCUCUACUGUUACAAGAUAACUUUUGCAACGAUGUUAAUGGGAAUGGUUUUGUUGGUAUGAUUAAAACUUAA